AUGCGCUUCUCCGAGACCCUUGCUUCGGCCUCGGCCCUCAUCGGUACUGCCUCUGCUUGGCCUCACACAAGCCCCGUGGUCAGCUCGGUGGUCACACCUGCCACCACCAUCUACACAACUAUCGUCACCACCGACUACACCACAUUCUGCCCGACUCCCACCACCAUAGCUCACAACAACAUCACGUACACGGCCACCUCUAGUCAGACUCUGACCAUCACCAACUGCCCAUGCACCUUCACCCAGCCUACGUCUUCUCCCCUCCCGGGAACCACCGAGGUCACUCCUCCCCCUCCACCCCCUCCCGUCAACACGACGACGACGAGCUGUGAGACUUCCGACAUCUCCGUGCCUGCUACCUCCGUCACCCCCUUCCCUACGACUGGUCAGAGCAGAGUCCCCGUCCCGCCCUCUCCCGUUCCCUUCGUCCCCACCAGGAGUCGCAGCACCGGUCUCCCUCCCACUUCCACCGCUGCUACUCCAGUCGUUUCCCCCGUCGUUUCCCCCGUCGUCCCCCCGGUCGUCCCCCCCGUCGUUUCCCCCGUUGUUUCCCCCGUUGUUUCCCCCGUUGUUUCCCCCGUUGUUUCCCCCGUCGUUCCCAUCCCCGUUUCUAGAAGCAGCGCUCUCGUCUCCCCCGUCCCCGGUGCCAGCAGCGUCCCCGUCGUCCCCGGAUCUUACAGCGCUGUCCCCGUCCCCGGCGAGAGCACCGCCGUCCCCAUCGUCCCUGGUUCCAGCAGUGUUCCUGCUGCCCCUAUCGCUCCUGCGGCAUCCAGCGCCGUAGCCCCUGUCUCUCCAGGCGUGACCAACAAUCCCGUCGCUCCCGUCGCCCCCGUCGCUCCCGCCACGGCCACGGCCACGGCCACGGGCCUCACCGCCGUCCCCUCGUCCGCCGCUCCUAUCGGUGGCGAGACCGGUGGCGAGACCGGUGGUGAGGUUCCCUCUGCCGCUUCUUCCGGUGAGGCGCCCAGUGGUACCGGUGAGGCUCCCUCAGUUAAUUCUGGCGAGGCCCGCAGCGGCACCGGUGAGGCUCCGUCUUCCGUGCCCACCGCCGGUGCUGACCGGGCCGGCGCUGGCUUCGGGGCUCUCAUCCUUGCGGGGACUGUUGCCCUCAUGGUCUGA